AGGCAGGGAACAGUGGGAGUUUACUCUGAUUUCUCACCUUGUCCACUUCCUGGAAUGAGCACCGGCACACAGCUAUGCAAACAUGAAGAGUCUGGACCUCUUGACACACUGAGUCCGGGGAACUAGCGCUCUCAAGGUAACAAGGUCUGAAGGAUGUCCUUUUGGUGGUGCCUGGCACUGCUGCUGGGAUCUGUUGCAAUAUACCGCGCCCAUGAAUGUGAUGUGUUCACUGAUCUGGACCUCCAUCACUCUAUCAUCGGGACCAGCCUGUAUGUGAAGCUGUUGCUGUACACCAGAGCUAAUCUUAUCUGUGGUCAGGAGCUGUCCCACCACAACCUGUCAGCCCAGCCCCUGUUCAACGUCACCAAACCCACCACCUUUAUCGUUCAUGGCUACCGUCCUACGGGCUCUCCGCCCGUCUGGAUCCAUGACAUCACACAGCAGCUGCUGGCCCGCGGAGACAUGAACGUCCUGUUGGUGGACUGGAACCGCGGAGCUACCAAUGUCAACUACCUGAAAGUUGUGACCUACACACACGAUACAGCAGACAACCUCACUGCCUUCAUCAAAAAGAUGCAGGAGAAUGGUGCCUCUCUUAGUUCCAUCCAUAUGAUUGGAAUCAGUCUUGGAGCUCACAUCUCAGGCUUUGUUGGAGCCAAAUUCAAUGGAACAAUUGGGAGGAUCACAGCUCUAGAUCCAGCGGGGCCUAUGUUCACUGGAAACCCCCCAGAGGACCGUCUGGACCCCACAGAUGCACAGUUUGUGGACGUGGUGCACACAGACAUGGACGCAUUUGGGUUCAGGAAGCCUUUGGGCCACAUUGAUUUCUAUCCUAACGGUGGAGCCGACCAGCCUGGCUGUCCAAAGACCAUCUUCUCAGGGUCCAGCUAUUUUAAGUGUGACCACCAGAGAUCAGUGUUCCUCUAUCUGGGCUCCAUUAACCGGACCUGUAACAUCAGGGCCUUCCCAUGCUCUUCCUACACCGAAUUCCUGGACGGACGCUGCAUGGACUGUGAUCAAUUCAAACCUGCCGGAUGCCCAGUCUUUGGGUAUGAUAGCAUUGAGUGGAAGGAUACUCUUGUGCCUCUGAAUCAAACCAGGGCUUUCUUCACCACCAAUAAACAGACUCCAUUCUGCAGGACGAACUACAGGGUGGACGUUGUAACAUGGAACCACGAUACUCGCUGGGGCUACAUCACCAUCAAACUACACAAUGGUGCUGAGGUGACAGAGGCAACAAUAAACCAUAAAGCAUCCAAGUUUGAGAAGUACUCAGAGACCAGAUUAUUGGCCCAGUUUGAUAAGGACAUACAGAAGGUCUACAAGAUCUCAAUCACAUUCUCUACAGGGAAUGCAUUACAGCCUAAGCUCAAACUACGAGUGCUCCGCAUCCGUCUCACACACCUGGAGCGUAAAGACAGCAAUAGGUUCCCAUUCUUUGGAAGGCAUUGGGAAAACCUCCCUAGUCUUGUGGUUGAAUCGGUUUUUAAAUGCACUGCUCGACUGAGGGACCUUACAGAUAAUUGGAUGUGUGCGGUAUAGAGAUGAAGCAGUCCUUCAAAAAUCAUGUUAAACACCAUUAUUGCACACAGCCUCUCUGCCGCUAUGACGUCAUUCUGGAGGAGAACAAAGAGUUGACCUUCAGACCCAUGCCCUGUGAGGAGUCCAACUUCUGAGACAAUAGCAGAUCUACGAUGUACAGAAUCAGCAGCGGCCAUAUGAUGGC